AUGACCUCGCCGGAUGGUAUCACCAAGCCGACUACCUGGUGGCCUCUUUGGCUGUUUUCGAGGUUUAUGCGUGACUGGACUGUCGGUGCGCAUGUUUCUUGUGGUGUUUGUGAGGGUGAGACGUCUCCUGUGUGGUUGCGCAGUGCGAAGGAUACCCCUUGGUUGAAUGUGAGUGCUACUCUCGGCGAUGACGGGUAUGCCAAUGUCGCUGUGGUGAAUGUCCAUGAUACCCAGGAUCUGGAGAGCCGCGUUGAGGGUGUGUGCGGGGAUGUGGCAGUUUUCACUGUCACUGCUGCCGAUAUCCUGGCUACAAAUAUGGAGGGUGCCGAGGAAGUGCGCGUCCAGGAAUCGACCUGGGAUGGAAGUGGGAACUAUGCCUUCCCUAAACACUCCCUGACGCUGUUGCGAUGGAAGGCCGAGUGA